AUGUCCCACCACAUGAAGAUCAAGGAUCUGCGCGAGAAGAGCAAGGAUGAUCUUCUCAAGACGCUGACGGAGUACAAGAAGGAGCUGUCGCAGCUGCGCGUGGUGCAGCAGACGGGCGGCGCCGAGACCCGCCUGGGCCGCAUCCGCCCGAUCCGCAAGAGCAUUGCGCGCAUUCUGACCGUGCUGAACCAGAACGAGCGCAGCAACCUGAAGAUGUUCUACGCGGACAAGAAGCUGCGCUGCAAGACGCCGAAGGUGCUGCGUGCGAAGCUGACGCACCGCCGCCGCCUUGCGCUGAAGGAAAACGAGAAGAACCGCAAGACGUCGCGCCAGAUGCGCCAGGCACACAAGUUCCCCAAGCGCGUGUACGCCGUCAGGAUCUAG